AUGAUAUAUGUUUAAAAUAUUGGAUUGAAUAAAGCGAAUAAAGAGGUUUUAAAUGAACAUCUACACACUCCUGUAAAAAUGCAAUAAAGAAGAUAAGCUUUUAACGAAGUGAGCCAAAGUUUUUAUUUAAAAUCUAAUUAAGCCUCUACCACUAUAUCGAGCACAAAAAAGAAUAAUUAAUCGAAUAAUGCAAGCAGAUUGAAUUAGAGUUUUAAUUCAUUUGCUUAAUCUAAAAUUCAUUCUCCUAAAAGACUAAGUGUUCAUAGAAGUAGCUUAACUCCAUCUAUGAUACUAAAGCAAACUAACGACUAGUUCUAUGCUACCAAAAAUUAUAAAAGCGGUUAAGCGAUGAGAUUAAGCUAAAUGAGUGUGAGCUUGAAUAAAAAUGAGUGUAAUUUAGUUCAUAUAGAUGAUAUCUUAGAAAGUUAUAGAAAGUCUCCAUCAAGAAAAAAUGAAUUAAAAAAAUAAGAUAUAAACUAAAAUUAAAUGUAUUAGUAAUCAGCUGAAACCUUUAAUGUUAAAAAAGAAAAAUAAAAUUUUUAUGCAGAUGAAAAUAUGAACAUAGAGUUUUAAAACUUGAAGAUUAAUGAAAAAUUAAAAAAUUUAAAUCAUAAUUAAAUUGAUUUUAUUAAACCAAAUCGUCCAAGAAUUGAUAAAAUCAAAUAAAGUAUGGAUUUAAAUAGUAAUUCAAUAAGCUUAUAAAAUAACAUUCCAGAUUCUAUUGAAAGUAAUAUGCUUAAUAUGCCUUCAAUAGUCAAGUCAUCAACAGAAAAUAUGAAUAAUUUUUUGAACGAAAUAGAUCCAGAAACAGCUUUUAAUUCUUAUUAAAGAGCAAAUACUCAAGAUGAUUUUUUAGCUUAAAGUUCUAAGUAAUCGACAAACUAUGAAAGAAGAUAAAAUUCCAUAUCUGGCUAUGCAAUAUUUAAAUCAAGUAAUACUCCACUUAACCCAUCUUAUUCUUAAAUGGACGAUGAUUUGUCUAAGCCCUCCCUAAGCACAACAAGCAAUUAUUUUAGAAUCUAAAAGAGAAAUAAUCCUUUUAAAAGGUUUUAUAAAACAGAUCAAAAGCUCAAUUAAAAUAAUUUAUAUAGAUAUAUAGACACUUAAAAUGAAAAUACACCCACCAAACUAAGUUAAGGUGCCUUCUAAAAUUUAAUACAAAAAAAAGACUCUCAUUUUCAAAGCAAGCAAAGUGAUGAAAUUAAUAUUUUUUAAUAUUAUAAUCCAACUAAAAACAAUAUGUCUAAUUUAGUCGAUGGUGAAGGUAAAGUUUACAAAAAGCAUUACAUGCUAUCCUUACAAUUGAGAUUAGAAGAACUUAAAAAGCAGAAAAUAUAAAAUGAAGCUCAAAUGAUGAUGAUAAAUUAUAACCUCAUAAAUGAAAUAGAAUAAACAAGCAAGCUACUCUAUAAAUAGAUGCCUACAAAUUAAGUUAAAAAGUUUGGAUAAAUUAUUGACUCAAUAAAAUAAAAUAUAUAUUAAAAUUCAUAAAAUUAAAAACAAAAUCUUUAAAAUUAGUAAAUAAAACAAAGGAGAAGUUCUUCUUAAAAUUCUUCAUAUAUUUAAGACUAGUCUUAAUAUGAAGAUGGAGAGGAAAUCUAAUUUAUCAUGAAUUAAAAACUAUAAACAGAAAUGUGA